AUGACCUCUGACCUGCACAACCGACCCACUUCUGCUAACCAAUCAGCUGAGGCGGUACAUCUAAGGAUAACCAUGUCGGAUCACCCUGAAGUCCAGGUAGACGUGUGUAACAUUCACACGUACACAUACUGCAUGGGUAAUCGCCUGCAAACCAAAUUGAGUCAAUUUAAGAUUAUUCUACAGCUGUCACCUGUUCAAAUGGUUUGGGAUGCCAAGAUGAAAUUUCUCGAAGCCUUGAAAAGGGACCUACCCGACAAGCAGAAUUACGGUCUAUACAUUCCCCCGAUCGCUGGCAAGGAGGGCAAGUUUCUUGAGGAGGAACGCCCCCUCAACGAGUACCCUCUAACGGGAGCCGUCAAACAUUUAAAGUUCAAGUAUAAAAAACGAAUGAAGUACAGCUCCGAUGUAAGCACUGUCAAGUUAAAAAAAAUCAACUCGGUGGCAAACCAAAAAAAUUUCAUCGACCUCGUGAAAAGAGGUGAUUCAGAGGGUGUCGCCAGGUCCACCAACAAGGGCGUUGACCCCAACUUCAUAGACUUAUCUAAUGGAGAAACACCACUGACGACAGCCGUCUACCUACCUAGACCUCGGGCAAUGAUCAUGGCCCUAGUGAGUGGAGGGGCCCACAUCGACUUUAGAAACAAACAGGGACUCACCCCACUGCAUGUUGCCGCCAAAAUGGAGUCGAAGGACGCCAUGAGGACGUUACUGGACCUAGGAAGCAGUCCUAAUUACAAGGACGCUGAUUGGUUGACCCCAUUAUACCACUGCUGCCUGACCAAUAAGGAUGCUCAAUGCUUGUCCAUGUUGUUGCAUGAAAGGUCGAGUAUUGGCUGCAAGGAUAGGCAGGGAUUCACAGAACUACACCAGGCAUGCAAAGAAAACAAAUUAGAACACGUGGAACAAUUAAUAUUCUAUGGUGCCGACGUUAAUAGCCAAAACAUGGAUGGAAACACACCCAUGCAUAUCUGCGCUCAGUAUAAUCAGGAAGAUUGUUGCAGAAGGUUGUUGCUGAGGGGCGCGGACAAGGAAAUCAAAAACAAGAACAACUGGACAGCAGUGGACAUCGCACAGUUGAGGAACAACAACAAAAUGACGUCACUAAUCAUCCUCUUCAACGAACUGCCCACCUACAACGAGAAGAGACGCGGCACGAUUUCAGCGGCGACCAUCAAAAACUUGGAACGCAGUCGUAGCAACCCCAGCCUCCAUCUGCUGUUCGGCAAUGCGAAAGUCUCGAACAUGAAUGGCACCAUGUCUGGCGUGUCGCUUGACGUUCUUAUGUCCAGCGCUGGGACUGGAGUCAUCGGUGGUGGCGUCGGUGCUGGCGGUGGUCAUAAGACGCUCCAGUCGUCCAUUCAGAGAUUGAGUGCCAUGAAUUAUGAUUGGACGAAUGGAAACUCAGGGAAGGAUUUAAACUCAGAAAUUAAGGAUUUGUACGAUGAAUUCUGCUUCAACCUCCACAAGGCUGGCUCCUUGGAGUAUGGGUUCACAGUGAGAACCCUUUUACCAACUGGCCAAUCAGCAUUUGAACCGUCGAAGGUUGCCCCUGCCCGCCAGUACAUCGGCGAGGUGGAGGAGGGCAAGCUGGCCAGCACGCACGGGGUCAAGGCCAAUGAUUUCAUCACUGAGAUUAACGGCACGCCAGUAAGCUCGUGCUCCCACCAGGAAUGCGUGCAGUUGAUCAGGAUGUCAGGGAAUGUCCUGAGGAUCAAGGUGUUGAGGUUGAAGGAAAACACACCUCAUGGUUCCAUCAGCUCGGAUGAAACCAGCAAAUGCAGCCUAAAAGUGAACUGCGUUAUAGCUAAUCGCAACGACGGCAAUGACAUUAACUCCAUCGAAUUCAACAACACAAUUGAUGCCUUUGACAAAAUAUUAAGCAAACGACAUUCAUCCAACGACCAACAACUACUUCAGCAACAACAGCAACAGCAACAAACAACAAUGCUUGCCGCUGCAACGGCGUUGACAGUGAACAGCCACAACAGCAAUCCUCACCACAAUGAAGUCGCCACCGUGCGUGGAAACCUCCUUGCAGAAACACCAACAACAUCGUCACAAUCUCCACUGACCAUCAGCCAAUUAAAUGCCACCAUUCCAGUCCCACCACCUCUUCCGCCAAUAGGAACUCUCGGCAAGGGUACGCUGAAAAGGAAAACUGAUGCAACCACCAACGACAACGACAGUAUCGAAAGCGGCAGUGUCACCAAAUCCAGUCUGCCGAAACCAUUCCAUUCUCCACUUGCAGCACUCUCGAACGCAACCCACGAAGCUCUGAUGGACGCCGUGAGGAAGAGGAGGCAGAAGGUGGAGGAGGUCGGUGAUGAUGCUCUUUCUAAGGAUAUUGAAAAACAAGUGAACAAAUCAAGGAAACUAAAUGUCAAUCAUGGAAAUGUUAUAAACAACAACAACAAGAAGAGUGCCGCUGAGCCGACAGUUGGCAGUUUGUUCGUGAAGAAGAAGCAAGCAGUGACAGCUUACAAUUCUCCAGUCCUGAAUGACAAACAUCAAACGUCAGCUGGUCUGCUCGGCCCUGAUGCCAAAACCCUCCCAAAGUCAUUCAGUCCCAAGAAGCGGGCUCCUCCCCCACCGAACAAAAACAGAAAUUCAGUGGACGCCAAGAUGGCAUCCCUUUUUGAUGAGGGUAAUCAGGAUGGUGAUAAUUAUUCAAAAACGCUGCCCAAGUCCUCAUCGGCAUGGUCACUCACCAGACAAUCGGCCACUGAGAGCGAGGCAGGCGGUGGCGAGGGCUUCCUGGCCGAUGCCGAGAAGUUGAGAUUGCACUUCCUCAUGAAGAAGAAAACGACCGACAACACCUCAAAAGAUGAAAGUGCAGUCGGUCCAGCAACUAACUCAGAUGCAGAUUUCAGUGCCAAUAACGCCAACAACAAACCAACGAUUGACAACAAUACAAACUAUCUGAAAGAAAAUGAUCAAAAACCACAACAUUCCGAAGCAACAUCAACAACAACAUCGGCAACAUGUGCCACGUUGAAGAAUGAGUGUAGCACGGACGACACGAACAUAUCAGCCGACGGCGCGGUUGAUGUUGGUAGCAUUGUUUUUGUUGCUAAAAACUCCACUAACAACAACAACUACAUCACUCUUGAUAACGCUACUGAAAACUGCACAACAACCGACUUCGGCGCUUAUAAUGCUAAACACAACAACAACAGCAACAACAACAGCAACAAUGGCAGUAGCGAACCUGACAAUAACAACAGGGUAAAAUUGAGUAAGCAAUCAACCGCGUCGACGCCCCCAAUUGCGGAGACCCUAACACCCCUCGCACAGAACUCUUCUACUCCAUCGUCACCUCCAAUAUCCAUGGGCAACUUGGCUUCUAUCAUUGCCGAGAAAGCCAUGCUGAAGAAUGUUGAUGUCAGCAAGUUGAUUGAAAGCAGCAACACUGGCACAACCAGACGAUAUGCUGCUAGCUCCAGCAGCAACAACAACAACAAAUUUAGCAACAAUAAUAGCAACAUCAGCACCAUCAACAAAAGUGUCAUCAGCAACAACAACAACCUCAACAAAUCAGCUAACAGCACUUACCUUAAUAGCAGCAGUACAGCAGCGGGCAAUAAUAAGAAUCAUAAUAAACUUAAUGUCACCCUCCCUGCCAGCGUCAACGCACAUAAUAAUAAUAAUAAUAAUAAUAAUAAUAAUAAUAAUAAUAAUAAUAAUAAUAAUAAUAAUAAUAAUAAUAACAAUAACAAUAAUAAUAAUAUAAGCAAGAUAUCCUUUCAUGAAAAUAAAAUAUUUCAAGCACACAACAGCAGCGAACAGACGACGACGACCUCGCACACGAAGCCAGCAACAUCGUCGCUUCCUUCUUCUUUCUCUCCUUCUUCAUCCACUGCACCUAAUUCCAAGACUUACAGUUACGCUGGUACAACGUUGAAAAAAGAAACUCCACCACAACAACAACAACCGCCCAACAAUAAGUCCUACACUUCCAUCAACAACAACAACACUGUCAGCAACAACAACAACAAUGUCAGCAACAACAACAACAAUGUCAACAACAGCAGCAACAAUGUCAGCAACAAUAAAAUUUAUUCAACUUCAGCCAUUCAGUCGAUUAACGUCAACAAGCAAUUCAAGAUACAACCCUGGAAACCUUUGAAUGAUGGCGUCACCAAAAACAACGACAACAGCAAAACUGGUGGCUUGAAGAUAAACCCACCAACACCGACGACAACGACAACAAAUAUUUUAGCAGCAACUUCAACAACAACAACAACUAUGCCAUCGUCAACUGCUGGAAGAGUUAAUUUCAUCAACAACAACAGCAAUAGCACUAACAGCAAUAGUAACAACAAAAUAUUGUUGAAUAAUGUUAAUGGACCAGUAGCAAAGAACCCGAUGCCAAAUAAUUUAAAACUGAACAUUAAGAUGAACGGUGAUGUCAACGUGCAUUACAACAACAACAACAAUAACAAUAAUAAUAAUAAUAAUUUGGCAAACAAUAACGUAAACAACAGCAGCAAGAUUGUCACGAACAACGUUAACAUUAACAACAACAACAAAACUUCAAACAACAACCACAAAAUCGUCAACAGCAACAACUUCGACGCCAAAAAAUUCUCAUUACCAGGCUCACCCACACUCCAACCGUCAACACUCAAAAAGCCAACCACACCCCUGACGACUGCGUUUCAAACUGCCACUACUACUCAGCAAUCCACAACGUCGAAACCGACCACAUCCGCAGUUAAAUCUCCGACUGCAACGACACCGACUGCAGACGAGUCGUCAACUGCCGCGCAGACGAUAUUUGCUACUUUGAAGAAGACCCCAAAUGCCCAAUCGCAGUCAAACUCCAGAGUUUUUACCGCCAAGUUAUCAAAAUGAGGAACACUGUUUCGGCUUUUGGAGGGGAGAGAUUUUUGUAGUCUGUCGUUCAUUUUAACGUUUAAUAAAAUUUUUGUAUAAUACUUUUAAUGAAUUAAAUGCUAAUUGAUGAAGAAAUUGGAAAAAAUAUUUUAGAAAUUGUAUAACAUUUUUAAAGUUUAUAAAUGAAUUAAAUUGGAUAUAAACAAAUUUAUAGAUAAAUAGAUAGGCAAAUUGAUAAAUAAAUAGAUAAAUAAUAAAAAUAAAUAAAUAUAAUAAAUAAAUAUAAACUUAAUAUUGCAGAAAAUAUAAAACCAUUUUAACAUAAACACUUAUCAUCCAACAGGAGAGCUUUAUUACAUUAUAAGAGCGCCCCCCCCCGAACGCUAACUAUUAUUAUUAUUUUUAUUAUUAUUAUUACUAUUACUACUACUAUUAUUAUUAUUAUUAUUAUUAUUAUUUCAUAUUAUUAUAUUACGUAGAUAAGUGAAUCAAUCAUAAAAAUUUUUGAGAGUUAAAAAUUUUUGAGAGCUAAAAAUUUAUUCGACUUCUUGUAACAAGGCGUCUUAGGAUCAAUAUUAUUUACUAUACCUCAAAAUUUUUGAUAUAUAUAUGUGUGUGUGUUUGUGCGUGUGUGUGUGUGAGUGUGUGUUUGUGUGAGUGUGUGUGUGU